AUGGGGACAAGCAAACCACUGUCAAACAGCAGCACCGCUCCCAAGCAGGCUGUGGAAGUGUCCAGAGUGGCUCUGGACAGCAUCCCUGGAGAGCCAGUCCUGGGAACAACUGUCCCCAUGCAAGAGGGCACUGCAGCCGAGCCACCCAUGGGUGCCGCUGGUGCACUGAGAAGUGCCCCCCCAGCACCAGGCGGAGGUCUGUUCCCUCCAGUGGCACGUGUCCCGACUGCUCAACCAGUGCUAGGGACAAAAGCAUCUUCCUCAGUCACUGGCAAAUUCACUGAUGCCAAUGAGCUGGUGCAGCUGGGUGAUGCUGUCACUGCAGAGGGGAAACCGGGGACAGCGUGGACCACAGUGCCAUUGCUCCCCCAGGACAAGCACAGCACAGGGAUGUCACCCCCCAACAUCAUCAAGAGCUCUGUUGAGCCACAUGCAACCACCAUGCUCCCAUCCCAGGAGGUCACGCCAGGGCUGGAUGAGGCCACCUCACCUCCAGCCACAGCAGCCAGCAUCUCUCAGGAUACAGGCAGCCCUGUGAAGCUGGCAGCAGCCUCAGCCAGCCCUGCCGCUGGCCUCCCCGGGGUCCCACACCCCGCAGCCACAGAGGGAGUCAGGAUGGUGGCCCCACCAUCUGCAGACCCCCCAAGCACAUCCUCAGCAAAGGUUACCUUUUCUUCUGCCACCAUUGGCAUCGGCGAGGCUACGGAGCCAGGGACACGUGCCUUAUCCAACGCCGACCACAACGGCUCGCAGGACCCCCCUGCGCCCCCUGCUCAGACGCCUCCAGACCUUUCACCCCAGCUCCCCGCUGGUGCUGUGCUGGGCACAGGAGAGACGCUUCACCCCAGCCGCAGCACGGCCCCCGACACUGCUGGAGAUGGGCUGCCUGGAGCCAACGCUGUCACCCACCCCCAGGCCACCGCACUAGCUCCGGGCACACCAGCUAUGGCGAUGGAUGUCACCGCUGCAGAGCAUGUCCCCACUCUGUCGUUCCCAGCUCUGGGAAGUACCGGCGCUGAGCUGGUGUCCAUCAGGAGUGAGCCCAGCGCCAGAACCACAGCAGGCACCGCUUCCCCGGAGACCAAGGCCAGCUCAGUGGGGCUCAGCAUGAGGCUGUCCCCCAGUGCAGCUCCCGAUGGCCCUGGUACCCCUCACAGCGGUAACACCACCCUGGGGACAGCCCCGUCAGCGUCACCCCCCACCACAGCCAACGUUGCUGCUUGGCCAAGCGUGGCUGCAUCGGACCACAGCUAUCGCACUGCUGAGCCCACCACGGACUUGGGCAUGGACUUGGAUGUGGACACGGCUUCUCCCACCACAGGGAACAGGGCUGCCAGGCUGCCCCUGGGGUUGCCCACUCCUAUGGCUGGGGUGGCUGAGCCAAGCACUGGUGAUGCCACCCCGUCAGCACACUCUGCCCUGGACGGCAAAAGCCCUACAGCAGUGGCCAUCAUGGGCACGGUGUCACCCACAUCUCCGGAGCCAGUUAUAGCACCUUCCCCUGGCCUUGCUCGCAGCACUGCUGAGCCAGAUGUCAGUGUGUCCCCUCCCGUCCCCAGGAAUAUCCAUCUGGUGGUGGUGGCACCCUCUGUCACCCCCAGCAUCACUGUCACUGGUCCACCAGCGGGAGCAGGUGAUGUCAGUCUCGACAGGGUCACAACAUCCCCCUCUGCUGUCCCCAGCAGUGCCUCCACUCCACACAGCCCCCAUGUCACCCUGAGGCGAUCUCCUGAGCCCACUGAUAGCACCCACAAGCCAGCCUCGAGGGCUCUCAGCCCAGUGGCUGAGGACAAGCCCACAGCUGGGGUCUCCUUGCUGGCUGUUGGUCACACACACGCAUGGGAAACUACAGCUGCGUCCCAGUCAGGUGCUGGGGGUACCACUGCCUGGGCGGACACCACCCCUCCUGAGAGCAGCGCUGAGGAUGCAGCACCCCCAGCCGGCACCAACAGCACCCAUGUGCCUGUCUCCAACACUGCAGACACAAGCCUGGCCACAACACCAGCCACCAGCCUGUUCCUCAGCAACACCAUCCUGCCAGCCACCUCAGCCGGCAGGGAGACCCUCGUGGUGACCGGGGCCACCGCAGCCGUGCCAUCUACCACAGCGAAGGCCACCAGCACCAGCCGUGCCCUGUCCCUCGCUGUAACACACAACGAGGCAGGCGGAGGCGGGCAACCUGUCCUAUCCCCAGCAGCGCGUACCCCCUCAGUGGAGACAGCUGCCAGGACCUGGGGCGUCCUCGGUCCCAGCCCUGCCAUCGCGGUGCCUGGUUCACCCCCCUCCAGCCUGCACAGCCCAGCGGAGGACCCAGCAACAGCCCCCUCGUCCCUGUUUGGUGUUGGUGCAACCGGGGAGCCGGCAGCCAGACAGACCUACCCCGAGCCGGCAACAGGCUCCACUUCUCCCACGGCCAUCAACAACCAUGCCAUAGUGCCGGCAGCCUCACUCUACCCCUUCGGCACGGAGGGAGGGGACCGAGAGUGCGUCCAGAGGACAGUGGACUUUAACUCCCCUCUGUUCAAGCCAGAGAUUGGGUUCCCCUUCGGAAAGUCGCUGAGGGAUGCUCUCUACUUUACAGAUAACGGACAGAUCAUUUUCCCACCCACGGACAACUACAUCCCCUCCAACCCCAACCCACCUCCCCGGGGCUUCAGCGGCCAAGAGGGUUUGCCGAUGGUGGCUGCCUUUUGGGACGACGCAGAUUUCUCCCAGGGUGUUGGCACCACCUGGUACCAGGAGUACUCCACCCUCAGCUCUACCCAAGACCCCCUUGUCCAUGACAUGGAAGCAAAGAUUGAAAAAUACCUGAAAACCCCCUACGUAGCCAAAUGGACCUUGAAGGUGACGUGGGAAAAGGCUCCGGCGUACCCGUCCCAGCAGGAUGACACUCGGACGAGCACCUACCAGGCGGUCCUCACCACCGAUGGGAACCGUUCCUUCGCCCUGCUGCUCUACCAGGAUGGCGGGAUGCGGUGGGACUACGCCAAGCUGGCUGCAGGCAACGUGCUGAUCGGCUUCUCCAGCGGCGAUGGCUAUGCCCAAAAUAAUGAGCUGACUCAAAAGCCACCAGCUGUCAAGUACCGACCUGACCAGCACAGCGGCGCCGGCACCGAUGUGCGUGGGCUGUGGAUAUACAGACUGGACAGUCGCUCCCGGGUGAACUACAGGCUGCGGUGCCUGGCAUGGCUGGACGCAGAGCCAGCGCCGGCUGCCUGGAACAGCCAGCUGCCGCCAUGCCCCUGCUCCCGGCCCCAGGCAGAGCUGGAUCCCCGCUACCGCCAGAGCAGAGGUGCCAAGCGCAUCCCCGCAGGGCCAGCCGCGGGGUGGGGGGACGGCCCGGCAGACACCUCUGUGAAGAUGCUGCGCACUGCAUCCCCCAGCCCGGCUGGAGCCGGGGUGCGGUGUCUGUACCAAGAUGGGAGCUUGCUCGAAGGCUGGCAGGAGAGAGCAUGGAGCCUCCCCAUCCGCCACGCUGCUGAUGGGGAGCUGGAGGCAUUCGACUGGUGCUGCCGGCACGUGGGGAAGCCCCUGUUCUGUGCCAGGUUUGCUGAGAAGAGACCAAGGGUCGGCUGCGAGGGAUAUGUGCCGCCCACCCCCGCUGGCGCCUUCGGGGACCCCCACAUCACCACCCUGGAUGGACUCACCUACACCUUCAAUGGGCUCGGGGACUUUGUCCUGCUGCUAGCCAGCGAUGCCCAGACCAGCUUCGUACUGCACGGACGCACGGCCCAGACCGGCACGGCCCAGGCCACCAACUUCGUGGCCUUCGCUGCCCAGUACAUCUCUGCCACCACCACAACAGUUCAGUGGACCUUGGGGAGCCAGGGUGACAUCAAAAUCCUCCUGAACAAUGAAACCAUCCAGUUUUCAUUUUCCCAAGACAUGGGUGCCGAGGUAUACUACAGCCCUGGUGUCCUGCUGGUCAAUGCCUCCUCUGUCACGGCCGUCUUUGAUGGGGCCAUCGCUGUCUCCAUCUCGGCCGUCUCCGGGAUCCUCAGCGUGGUCUGCAGCCUGCCCGAUCGGUACCGCAACAGCACCAAGGGCCUCCUAGGUGUGUGGGACCACGACCCUGCAAACGACUUCCAGAUGCUGAACGGUACCAGCAUCCCUAUGAACAGCAGCGAGGAGGAGAUCUACAGCUAUGGGAUGACCUGGGCUGUUGGAGAGCACAGCCUGUUUGCUCAGCCUCUGGACUCACCGGUAAUGAACUUCACACCCAUCUUCUUGUCUCGGCUGCGGCAGGAGAAUGAAAGCCAGUACCAGCUGGCAGCCUCGCAGUGCCGUGGCAGCAAGGAGUGCAUCUAUGAUUUGCUGAGCACAGGGGACAUGGCCCUGGGCCUGGCCACCCAGAGCCUCACAGCCGACUUCCAGCGGAAGAAGACAGUACUCAACACCUUCCCUCCGGUCAUCACCGGUGAUGCAUUGCUCACGGCCUUCAGGACAGAAAAGGUCAGGAGGCAGUACCGUGCCGUGGGGGUGGGUGCACGCUUUGUCCCCCACCUCUCGCCGGAGCUCAACAUAUCGGAGAGUGGCACCCUGACGUGGGAGCCCCGCGAGAUGGCCCCGCUCACCAUCAACCUGGAGGCUGUCGGGUCCAACAACCUCUCUGCCCUCCUCCAGCUCCGCUUCACCCUUUGCAGCUGCAGCAGGAGCCAGGAGUGUGACUACAACGACACUGUGACCCUCGGGGGGUCCUCCCUGCAGCUGGCAGCCUGCAGGUGCGAGGGCGGCUACUCGGGUCCCUUCUGCCAGGACCCUCCGGACCCCUGCGCCCAGGGAUGCUUCCCCGGCGUGAGCUGCGACUCGCACGCCGGCUGCGGCCCCUGCCCGGCCGGCCUGACCGGCGACGGGCGGCACUGCUCAGAUAUCGACGAGUGCACGCAGGGGACGGCGUGCCCAGAGAACACCACCUGCACUAACACGGUGGGAAGCUACACCUGCUCCUGCCCGGCCGGCGAGGAGGGCGAGGGGCCAGGCUGUGGCUUAGCCUGUGGCUCCCACUCCUGCCCCGAAGGCUACUGCAGCAACGGGGGACGCUGCCACCUGCACCCCAUCACCUGCACCCCCUCCUGCGCCUGCCCCCCGGCUUUCACCGACCAGCGCUGCCUGGUGGCAGGGGGGGAUUUUCAGCCGCUGCCAAGCACAGAUCUCCCCCGGAGAAGCAUCCGUCUGCAGGUCAGGACGCUGCGAAACGCCACGGCCGGGGAAAUCAAUGGCACCGUCUCGGCCAUCCUGGGCUCCCUCGAGGUAAAGGCUUUCCAGAGCAACACCAACAUCACCCAGACGACAGACAGCGAUGGCUUCACCUUCGCGGUGGUGUCUGAGUUUGCCUACGACAGUCGCGGCACCGUCAUCCGGUUCCUGAACGAGGAGCUGCCAGGGGCCAUCACUGGCGCCUUCAACGGGCGGCGGGGGCGGCGGGAGGCGGGCGGGCGCCUCCUCUUCCAGCGCCUGCACCGGGACAACAUCACCGACCUGGUGAAGCUGACAGUGGCUGAGCUGAGGCACUAUUUCCCCUGCGGUCUGUACGGCUACAAAGGCUACCGGCUCCACUAUGCGGGGACCGUCGGCUUCGUCUGCAUCUCCCCUUGCAAGAUGGGCUACUGCCAGCAUGGUGGCCGGUGCCAGCACCUGCCUGAGGGGCCCACGUGCAGCUGCCUCCCCUUCUCCAUCUUCUCCCCCGCCGGCGCCCAGUGCGAGCAACUGGCUGUCAGCCUCGCCGCCUUCCUAGGCAUCUUGGUGGGAGCCCUGGCCCUGCUCUGCCUCCUGCUCACCACCGCCUGCCUGGCCUUGCGCCUCUGCCGCCGGCACCGCCACCGGGGGACCAAGGAGACCUUCUGGAGGCCACAGCCCUUCUCCUCUCUGAUGAUGGCAGGAGAGCGGGCAGAGUCUGCCCAUUCCCACUCCCCAGAAAGGCAUUGGGAACCGCAGCUCCAGGCCAUCGACCCCUCAGUCCAGAUAAGGAUCCAGAGACCCCACGUCAGGCCUCUGAGCCAGCGUCCCCAGCAGCCCUAG